AUGCGGGAGCGGGUGGAAAAUACCCCGACCGCGGGACGACGGGUGACGUCGAGGGCGGAGUACGUGGCGAUUCGGGACGCGGCGAAGGAGAUGGCGAAGAAGGAACGGUGGAUGGAUGCCUACUUGCACUUCACGGUGUGCGUGAGCGAUCGCGCGCACGCGUCGAUCGAAGAGGACGAUCUCGUGACGUCGCUGUUGAAUCGGUCGUUGAUGGCGCUGAAGAUGGACGAUUACGAGGGGGCGCGGGCGGACGCGACGGGGGCGCUGGAGGCGCUUCGCGCGUUGGACGCGUACAGUCAUUUGGAUGAUGGUAAACGACGAGACGCGCGGGCGCGGUUGACGGUGAAAGCGUUGUACAGACUCGGCUCGGCGUGCGUGGGGACGGGCGAUAUCAUAGACGCGAUCGAUCCUCUGCUCAGGGCGCGGAUGAUGGCGCCGAGAGACGGUGACGUGGAGAAGAAGUUAUUGGAGUGCGCGCGCUUGGCUCGAAUGGUAGACGUGUGCGAGCUCUUCGCCGGGGCUAUCUCCGAGGGCGAGAGCGCGAACGCGGUGUCGCCGCGAGAUGGAAAGUGGCUGAAACCGGUGCGACCGGAGUCGGCACGUUUGAGUCGAAGUGCGAUGGCGCAGACACUUGCGGAUUGCGUCGUCGGUGUCGAGUCUCGCUGGCGCUUGGAAUUCGGCGAAACGUUUCUCCUCGCCACCGGCUCGAACGAGAAGAUGAGCGUGAUGCGACGCGGUUUCUUGAGUGGCAUUCGCGCCGAGGUGUACGCACGCACGGGAAAUCACGAGCAAGCGGUGAAGGAUUAUCGCGUCGCGCUCGCGUACUAUCCCGACUGGGCGCGUGCGUACUACGGCUACGCGCUGUCAAUCGAGCACCAGCUCGUCCGCAACAACGUUUCGCGCGUCGAGGUGGCCAGCUUGACACAACGCGGCGGGUACAGUGAUGCACUCAUCGUCGACGCCCCCGUCGCCGCGGCGUUAUGGAUGAAGAAAGCGCUCGAGCUGGACGGAUCCGUCGAGGAGCACGAACGUGAAUACGUCCGUCUCGCCUCAAAGCUCUCGAGCGAGCUCCGUGACGUGCUCGCCCGCGAUGGAACCGGCGUCGCCGACGCCCUCAAGUGGCUCGAUGAGGACAAGUGGGAGAACGCCCCGGAGUACAUUCGCCCUCGUCCGAAGUAUUACUACUUCUACGAGAUGAUGAAAGAGCGCAUAUACGAGCACUACCCCGAGCUCCCGCAACCGGUGAUGGACAAGCUUCUGUCGCUCGACGCGGGCGAGCUGGACCUCUUACUUCAGUACCCGAGAGCGAUCAAGGGCCAAACCGAGGAGUUCUUGGACGUGUAUAAUCGCGAGGGCGGGGAGUAUCUCGCGACGUACAAGACGCCGACGCUCACCUGGAACGAGGUCAAGGCGCUCAAGGGCGCCGGGACCCAAGGCUUGCUCCCCGACGGCGGCGUCAAUCAAUUCGCCGCCACCGAGGCCGAGCGCGUCGAUCCGGGAUCGGGAUUCAUCACCGAAAAAGACACCGAUCACGCCGCCCUCGGCGCUUCGGGCGCGGACGGGCUCACGAUCGCCGAGCUCGCCGGGGCGCCCGUUCCCGCGUCGCUCCCGCCCGACCAAAUCCGCGACCUCCAGGCGCGUCUUCCCAGCACCGCCCGCGUCGGCUCUCUCCCACCGGCGACGCCGAAGAAUUCGCUCCCAAAUCUCCAACGUCGCAUCGACGCCCUCUUGGACGCCGAUCACGUCUCCGAUCGCGCGUCACCAUCGUCCGCGUCGUCGUCCUCCGUAUUGUAG